AUGGACGAAGACUCAGACGUUGCUCCCUCAACAUCUGAAAGCCCGGCAUGCAAGUCGAACGAUGUCGAACUUGAGCCUGUUAUAACCGCCGCGUCCGCACCAUUUGACUCGCCAUACGGUGAUGUCAUCCUUCGAACGUCAGACUCGGUGGACUUUCGCGUGCUGAGGUUCGUUCUAGCAUUAGCUUCGCCCGUCUUCGGUGCCAUGUUCUCCCUUCCACAACCUGCCACAAAACUGGACGAACCUGCAUCAAUUCCAAUUAUUCCGAUCAGUGAAUCAAGCGCCACAAUUGAUUUGCUCUUGCGAUUGUGUUAUCCCGUUGAGGUACCCCGACUUAGUAACAGGUUGAAUGUACCUCGGAUUGGUCUCGUACUUGAAGCAGCGCUGAAGUACGAUAUCAGUCAUGUCGUCAGUCAUGCUCGGGACGCUAUAUUAGAGCUUGCGGAAAAGGACUACGACUCCGCCGUUGCAGCAUACGCAGUGGCGUGCCACUUGAAACUUGAGGAGCUAGCGCGUGCAGCCGCACUUGCAUGCCUUAAAUGGCCUUUUCCAGGACCUACAGUCCCUCAACUUUCUCUCAUGUCCGGCUUAGAUUAUUACAAUCUUCUCGAAUAUCAUAAGAAGGCUGGAGAAACUGUGGCUUCGUUAUUUCAAAAGAACCGAUACAAGUUCAUGACGGAGACAUGUGUCGCAAUCACACCUCGAAGCCAUACUUGCCAAGGGAGCACAAAAUUAUCGUACACUUUAACCGAUAACAACGUCGAAGUCAACGAAUAUCUCUUCUGGUCUGAGGCAAAGAAUAUCUUGUCCGAGGCUUUCAAGACUUCCCCAAGUGCAAUGGAGAAACUUUCCUUGUCAUCACUUGCUCCAGCGGUGACGGCUACUAAUUGCCAUAUUUGCAAAAAUAAAUUCCUUCAUGGAUGGGAUCAGACAAGAGAAGCUAUCGCGACUGUAAUUAAGAAACGAAUAAGUAAGGUGCCACUUUCUCUGUCUUGGAUGUGA